AUGCCCAUCUUCUACUCGCCCGUUCCCGACGACAUUAGUACGGGUCUGGCCUAUGUAGGAACGUCGGUGUUGAGCGACCAUGUCCGCAGCGAGCGCUGUGACCUUUCACCUUCACGGGCAGUGGCCAACGAAGUGUCGUGCAACCUUCCUCUGCAGAUGUUGAUCUACUUCAACCUCUUCUACCUACCCUUGUGGUGUCUUUCCUCUGUCUGCAUGCUGGAAAUCAAGUUCGUGUACCUUCCAGGCUACUACCAGGGUCUCUUGAUCACCGGAAUCGUACUUGUCACCAUUCUGGAGCUUCUCCGACUUUACCUUGGCUACUUUGGAAACCUCGAGGAGAAUGUUCCGGCACUAUCUUGUUUCUGCGUGCUGACGUUUGCGUUCCAGUUGCCCAUAUUGCUCUUCUUCGUGACGGACGAGGGUUUGGCCAUCCUUCCCCUGGAGCGCGCCGUACACAUUCUGUUCCUGGCCUUUGCGCUGGCGGAGAACCUGGCCGCCGGGCUGGCGCUGCGCACAUUGACCAGGAAGUUGACGCUGCUCUUCCACCUGCGCCAGAUGGCUAAGGUGGAAAGCUCCGGACACGCCGGGGCACCUGUCCUCGGACUGGCGUACCGCCGAGCCGUCACGCCUGUCGCGCACCUCGCCUGCCGCUGA